AUGCCUGCAGCUGAGGUCAAGAACGAGGACGGUCCCAUCGGACUCUCCGAUUUUGGCGACAACAUCGAUGUCGCAACCUUUGAGCAAAUCCUCGAGAUGGACGACGAUGAAGAUGAGAGAGACUUCAGCAGAAGCAUCGUCUUCGACUUCUUCCAGCAAGCUGACAGCACAUUCGACAAGAUGGAUGAGAACAUUGAAAAGAAGGAUCUUGCCCAACUCAGUGCCCUCGGUCACUUCCUCAAGGGUAGUAGCGCAACACUUGGCCUGACCAAAGUCAAGGACCACUGCGAGAAGAUCCAGCACUACGGCGCACACAAAGACGAAACCGGCACACGCGACGAGCCCGACGCCGAAGUAUGUCUCGACAACCUCAAGGUAUCCAUCGCACAAGCGAAGAAGGAGUUCAAGGUUGUCGAGCGCCUACUGAAGAGAUUCUACCACGACGAUGCCGAGUAG